AUGGAUGAGCGAGACUCAGCUGGCCCUGGAGCAGGAAGAGGCCAUGCCAUCCAAACUGGGAGCAGUGGGGGGUUCUCGGAAAACUCUGUGCAGAAGAUCCUGGGUAAGGAGGACACCCUCCGCUCAGAGGUGCAGAGCCAGCAGUUGAGGCAGUUCUGCUGCCAGGAGGCCAAAGGACCCCGAGAGGUUUGCAGCCGACUCUACCACCUUUGCCGUCAGUGGCUGAAGCCAGAAAGGCAUACGAAAGCUGAGAUGCUGGACCUGGUGAUCUUGGAGCAGUUCCUGGCUGUCCUUCCACCGGAGAUGGAGAGCUGGGUUAGGGACUGUGGAGCGGAGACCAGUUCCCAGGCGGUGGCCCUGGCCGAAGGUUUCCUCCUGAGUCAGGCAGAGGAGAGAAAGCAGGUGAGAGAGACUUUCCUCUGGAUACUCCCAAGGGGAUCCAAACAGGUCAGAAAACAUCCCAUAAUGGUCUGCUGAUGGCCCAUUCUUUUUCUGCAAGGCAUCCAUGGAAUGAGAUCUAACACCCUUCAAGUUUUUGGCCAUGACAUUCAUUUUAUAUUCCUUCUCAUCAUUCUCUGUUUUGAAUCCUUGUUUCUUUUUCAGGGAAAGGAUCUCUGUGUGGAAAUGGACCUGGAUUCCUGUGAGGCAGAGAGGCCUUUGUUGGACACCAGAGUGAGGCCACUGGGUAAGGAGGAAGGUGGUUUUUCUCCGUUUAGUCUCAUUCUGUUCGUUUUCCAACUCAUCUGUGGGUUCUUUUCAUCUUUUGUUGGGGGAGAUAGUUUAGAUUCACUGAUUCACCUGUGAGAGAAGCAGGCACUCUGGGCCUCCCCCUUACCUUUUUCCUCUUGCAGGUGACAGAAUGAUGCUCGCAAGACCUCUUCAUCCAUCUUUCCUUGGGGACAGAAAGGAAGCAGUGGCUGUGGAUCCAGAUCAGGUCAGGGUAAGCUGCCUUGUGGGGACAGAGGUCAAGGGGUGGAACAAUGUCAUAGAUCAAGACGUCAUGGUGAACAAUAUUGUUGUCUCAUAGGAGGACAUUUCCCUUUUUCUUUUAGGGUCCAGUGUGCUUUGAAGAUGUUGCUGUUCGUUUCACAGAUGAGGAGUGGGAGUUGCUGGAUCCUGACCAGAGAGCUCUGCAUAAAGAUGUCAUGGAGGAGAAUCAUGGGAUCGUGGCCACUCUUGGUAAGGAUCUCUUUGCAAUCAGAAUAUCUGUUUUUAAAUUCAAAACAGCUCUCUGUGAUGAACCUCAUGUAUUUUCACAGAACUCAACAAUGCCCCCUUAGGACACAUGGGAUUACAACAUUGCAGCUUCUAAACAAGGAUCAGUCUGGUCUGAACUCCCCAGGCCAUUUUAACUCAACUUCAGAGUUGUUAGGGAAGUUGAAGUAGCUUAUCGAAUCACAGGUUCCCCAAAGGAUGUCAGUUGAUCCCCGUUAAUUAAUGCACCCAACCCUUCAGAAAACCAUCCAUCUAACCCACUUGUGUUAUUCCUCUAUUACCAGAGUUAACAAGUAUUCUUCCUUAAUUCCUCCCUGAGGCGCUAAUCCAUUUCUCUUCAUUGCAGAUAGUGAUGGACUGGAAAUCAAGAACAAGGGUGACCAUGACAAAAUCCCCACAAUGGAGAAGCUGUAUAAAUAUCUUGAAAGUGGGAAAAGUUCCAAUUCCACUUCCCAUCAAGGAAAUCUCAUUGGGAAGAAACCCUAUCACUGUGUGGAAUGUGGAAAGAGCUUCAGGAAGAGCUCCGAUCUCACUUCCCAUCAAAGAAUUCAUACAGGGGAGAAACCCUAUCAGUGCAUGGAAUGUGGAAAGAGCUUCAGUCACAGCCACAAUCUAACUUCCCAUCAAAGAAUUCAUACAGGGGAGAAACCCUAUCAGUGUGUGGAAUGUGGAAAGAGCUUCAGUCACAGCCACAGUCUAACUUCCCAUCAAAGAAUUCAUACAGGCAAGAAACCCUAUCAGUGUGUGGAAUGUGGAAAGAGCUUCACUGAUAGCUCCUCUCUCACUUCCCAUCAAAGAAUUCAUACGGGGGAGAAACCCUAUCAGUGUGUGGAAUGUGGAAAAAGCUUCAGUCGGAGCUCACAUCUUUCUUCUCAUCAAAGAAUUCACAUAGGGGAGAAACCCUAUCCGUGCAUGGAAUGUGGAAAGAGCUUCACUCACAGCCACAAUCUCACUUCCCAUCAAAGGAUUCAUACAGGGGAGAAACCCUAUCAGUGUGGGGAAUGUGGAAAGAGCUUCACUCACAGCCACAGUCUCACUUCCCAUCAAAGGAGUCAUACAGGAGAGAAACCCUAUCAGUGUGUGGAAUGUGGAAAGAGCUUCAGGAGCAGCUCCAAUCUCACUAAGCAUCAGAGAAUUCAUACAGGGGAGAAACCAUAUCAGUGCUUUGAAUGUGGAAAGAGCUUCAGUGAGAACUCCUCUCUCAAUUCCCAUCAAAGAAUUCAUACAGGGGAGAAACCCUAUCAGUGUGGGGAAUGUGGAAAGAGCUUCAGGAAGAACUCCAAUCUCACUUCCCAUCAGAGAAUUCAUACAGGGGAGAAACCCUACCAGUGUGGGGAAUGUGGAAAAAGCUUCAGGAAGAGCUUCGAUCUCACUUCCCAUCACAGAAUUCAUACAGGGGAGAAACCCUAUCAGUGUGGGGAAUGUGGAAAAAGCUUCAAUCAGAGCGCCGGUCUCAGUUCCCACCAAAGAAUUCAUACAGGGGAGAAACCCUAUCAGUGUGUGGAAUGUGGAAAGAGCUUCAGGAAGAGCUUUGA